AUGACGACGAAAAAAACGGCCGCGAAACCACACACUGUGGAGAUCAUCGCUAAUCUUGAGCAAAGUGAUGACUUUGAGAAAGGCACAACAGAGCUCCUGGGAGCCAACGAAGAUGUUGGCUAUCAUCGAUCGCUGGGCCGUCGCCAAAUCAUGAUGAUGACCUUCGGGGCAGGCAUUGGGACUGGCUUAUGGGUCGGUACAGGCACAGCCCUCAAGUAUGCGGGCCCGGGUGGUAUUGCCAUUGCCUAUACUAUCACUGCGAUGGUCGUUUACCUGCAGUAUAUCUCGGUGGGAGAGAUGACAACAUACAAACCUGUCCAUGGUGGAUUUAUCCGACAAUGCAUCGAGUACGUGGAGCCUGCGUUUGGAUUUGCAGUGGGGAUCAACUUCUGGUUCUCUUGGGUGAUCUGUAUCCCCGCUGAGAUCACCGCGGCAGUGUCCGUGCUCGAGUUUUGGCCGCAGACCCAGGUCGUUCCCCUGGCAGCAUACAUCACGAUUUUCCUGGUCGUUAUUGCCUUGGCCAACUCAUUCGGGGUUCGGCUCUACGGCCACGUCGAGUAUGUCAUGUCGUUUGUCAAAUGUCUCGCCAUCAUAGUCAUGAUCUUCUUUAUGAUCAUCAUGACCUCCGGUGGGAUUCCAGCCACGCAUGGUGCGAUUGAAUUCCGCUACUGGCGGAGUCCCGGUGCUCUCAACAAUGGGAUCAAGGGGAUUUCCAAGGCCUUUGUGCAAGCCCUGUUCAGCUUUGGCGGCGGAGAACAUAUCGCUGUGAUUGCCGGCGAGGCACGGGAUCCUCGCCGGACCAUCAAGAAAACCGUCUAUCCGGUCUUCUGGCGCAUGUUCGCCUUCUUCGUCGUCAACAUCUGGCUCAUGGGCAUGUGCGUGCCGUACAAUGACGAGGACCUGGUCAACGGCAGCGGCACACUCGGAAGUCCCUUUGUCAUUGCCAUCGAGCGUGCAGGUGUGAUGUGGCUGGCUCAUAUCAUCAACGGCUUCAUCUUUCUGACGGUGAUCAGCUGUGGGAUCACCAGCACGUAUAUCGCCAGCCGAAGUCUGACAGCUUUGUCGGACAUGAAGAUCAUCCAUAGCGUGUUCGGACGGAAAGACUCUGCCGGGCGACCAUAUGUAUCACUGGCCAUCAGCACCGCCCUCGGAGGAGGCUUAGCCUACCUGAACUGCAACGAUACGGGUGCUGUGGUAUACAGUUGGUUUUCAUCAUUGGUGUCAGUCUCAACCCUGUUCCAAUGGUCCAGCAUCUUCAUCUCGCACAUCCAAUUCCGACGAGGCCUCGCGGCGCAGGGCAUCAGCACCCAGUCGCUAUCCUUCCGAGCGCCCGCAGCCCCCUACCUGCAGUACUUCGCGCUGGUGAUUGUUCUCUUCAUUGCAGGCUGCGAGUUCUAUCUGGCCUGCUUCCCCUUUGGUGAGAAGGGAUCCGCCAAGUCCUGGUUUUCCACGUACAUUGCUGCGCCGUUGUUCUUCAUGGACUAUUUUGGUUACAAGAUUUACUAUCGUUCAAAGCUUGUCCAGCCGACUGAGAUGGACUUCACGGCGGCUCAGGCUUUCGAUGAAGAAGACCGGGCUAGGGCUGCGGUGGGGUAUGAGCGGGAUCAUUGUGAAGACACAGGGAUGAUGCAGCAGAUCAAAAACUUGAUCUUUGGUUAG